AUGCCUCCACCUGAUUUCCGAGUUGUAGUCGGUAUUGACUUUGGGACAUACUUCUCUGCCUUUGCCUUUACUUACAGAAAUAGUUCGUAUGGAAUCGAGAGCCAAGGGGAUUGGCCGUCCAAAAGUGUGAGAGAGCCGGAUAUUCGAACACCCACCGUUCUCGAAUAUGACAACCAAUUGAAUGUAAUCAGUUGGGGACAUUAUGCUGAGCGUCGUCCCAUAGGUAGACAGAUAAGGAAUGCACAAUAUCAAGGCUUUAUAGUACGUCUGUUCAAAUCGUAUCUGGGAAACAUGGCACAAGAUGAAAAACCGCGAUUACCGAAGGGCCUGGACUAUAAAAGAGUAAUCACUGAUUAUCUUAAAGAGCUGAAUAAGGUUAUUAAGAAGGCACUACAACACAUACAACACAGAUGGUCGUGCCUUGACCGCUCUCAAAUAUUCAAAAUUAUGACUAUACCAGCCGAAUAUGAUGAGAAGGCACGGUAUAUAAUGCGUGAGUGCGCAUUUAAGGCAGGAAUAAUAGACACUCUACACUCGGAAAGCUUACAGUUUAUUACUGAACCGGAGGCGACCGCGAUCUAUUGCUUCAGAUCGUCGGAAAAACAUAACCUUACACCAGGCUCUACUUUCUUGGUGGUAGACUACGGUGUGGAUACAGUAGACCUGGUAACAUGGACUGUUCUUCCUAAUAACAAACUAUCCAUCACCGAACGCACUAAUGACUUUUGCGGUAGCACCUACAUUGAUCGUGAAUUCAUGAAAUAUAUUGCAUCAAUAGUAGGCAAAUUGGCCAUGCGUACUUUCGAGGAAAACCACGUUACCUUUUGGCUGAUUCAGAGUUUCCGUGACGAUGCCGAAUAUAUGCUCAAACACAAUGACGGCUAUACGAAAUCUAUCGAUAUUUGCGAACUUUGUUCACCUUUGAAGAAAUACGUUCAAGGCGACGAAAGAAAACGAAUGGAAGCCGCAGACUGGGAAAUCGAGCUGGAUUACGAGACUGUUAAAAGCAUCUUUGAUCCAGUUGUUGAAAGAGUUUUAUAUUUAAUGAGAAUCCAACUGGAGAAGUCGAGAGCUACAUCAACAAUAUUCUUGGUUGGCGAACUUUCAAAGUAUUUAUUACGGAGAAUUAAGAGUGAAUUCUCAAGCAAAGUUAGUGAUAUUGCAGUUCCAGUAGGGCCUCUUGUUGCUGUCUCACGGGGCGCAGUAUAUUAUGGUGUGUGUAAGAAAAAGCUUCUUCGUCAGGAUAUAUUAAACCUCGAUGAUACUGCAGGACAAAGUAUCGUCGAACCAAGUCUCGGUGUGAAUGCGACAACAAUUCGUACCCUGAAACACACAUACGGUAUUGAAAUUAGGUCAGAAUGGAAACCAGGAGAUCCGCCUCAACGUCGUACUGCUGAUGGUCAUAUAUAUGUCUUCAAAGCUCUUGCUCAGCGUGGAACAAUAGUCUCCGACGAUUGCGAAUUUAAAUAUGAAUUGAUGCCAACAUCAUUCCCGCAUCAGACAGUAAUGAAGAUUGAGUUAUACAUCACUUGUGACUAUACAGCAAAAUAUUGUGAUGAACCCGGCGUAAAGCUGUUUGCACAGCUGUCUGUAGAGUUACCUGACGCUAAAGUUAAACUCGAUCGGACAGUAACUGUUAGCCUUAUAUUUAGAAAAAAGGAAACAAGAGUACAGUUCCGAAUGGCCGGGAAGACUUAUGGAGAAACUUCACUCGCCCGUGAUCUGUAG